AGAGACAUAUUCAUAAUGAAUCCCUUGAAGCUUGAAACGGAUUUUUGAUUUGAUCAUUGAGAUGGAGACAAAGAGGAAUGUAUCUCUAACCAGGAUUUGUGUACUAUUUCUAUCUAUCCCAGUCACCAACCUUUCUUCAACUUUCUCCACUUUCCUUCAUUCCUUUUGGUUCUGCUGACCCCAUUCUCUCUCUCUCUCUCUUCUUUUUUCUUUUUUUUAUAGCAAUUCUUGAGUCAACUUAACAUUACUUACAUUACACACUCAAGUUUAUCCUCUCACACUCUUCAACCUUCAAACUUCCGUGUUUUCUAUUGGAUACUUGCACCCCUUGUUGAAAAGUCAAAAUUCCCAUUAACCCCUUCAUUUUAUUCCUUCAAACAUUUUCUCCCUUUUUCUUUUUGCUCCAAAGUUUCGUUCUUCUCUACCUCUUCUGAUUCAAAGUUUCAGUCUUUUCAAUUGGGGUGCCCUGAAUUUGCGUCCAAGUUCAGAUCUGUUUACUUGACUCUUCAUUCAAGUUCAAAUUUUUCUUGUGGAGAAAAAGACUGAACUAAAGGAUUGUGUUUGUGACUGUAGCUGUGAACUAAAGGUGUGAUUUUGAAGGACUAAAGUGGUGUGAAUGUGGUUUUAAUCUAAAUUAAAAAGCUAUUAUUACAGAUAGAAAAAUUUGGAGAUUCAGAGAAUUGAUGCUCGAAUUACUGAGAAACUGAAGAUUUUGAUCAUGAUUGUGAGGAAAAACAUGGGAAGGGCAAAGUCACUACUUGUGCUGCUUAUGGUGCUUGGAUUUUGCCUUGCCACAUAUAAUUUGGUAGCUAUGAUCACAGAGCAUAAGGUAGGAGGUUGGGGUGAUGAUGGGUUGGAAUCUUUUGAUAGAAGAGUGAUAGAGUCAGAAAACUAUUAUUCGAAAUUCCAUGUUGCACUGACAUCAACUGAUGCUGCUUAUAGCCAAUGGCAGUGCCGGAUUAUGUACUAUUGGUAUAAGAAGGUGAAGGACAUGCCUGGAUCAGACAUGGGAAAGUUCACUCGCAUUUUGCAUUCAGGAAAGGCUGAUCAGUUAAUGGAUGAGAUUCCUACUUUUGUGGUUGAUCCACUUCCUGAGGGCUUGGAUCGGGGUUAUAUUGUCCUAAAUAGACCAUGGGCUUUUGUUCAGUGGCUGGAGAAAGCAGAUAUUGAGGAACAAUAUAUUCUGAUGGCAGAACCUGACCACAUAUUUGUAAAUCCUUUGCCAAAUUUGGCUUAUGGAACCCAGCCUGCCGGGUUUCCAUUUUUCUAUAUAAAACCAGUUGAAAAUGAAAAAAUAAUUAGGAAAUUCUAUCCUAAGGAAAAGGGUCCUGUUACUGAUAUUGAUCCAAUUGGCAAUUCUCCUGUAAUCAUUCAGAAGUCUUUGAUGGAGGAAAUAGCUCCCACGUGGGUGAACAUUUCAUUGAGAAUGAAAGAUGAUCCAGAGACUGAUAAAACUUUUGGAUGGGUGCUUGAAAUGUAUGCUUAUGCAGUGGCAUCUGCAUUGCAUGGUGUAAAGCAUAUUCUUCGAAAAGACUUUAUGCUGCAGCCACCUUGGGACUUACAAAUUGAGAAUAAGUUUAUAAUCCAUUUUACAUAUGGAUGUGACUACAAUUUGAAGGGGGAACUGACAUAUGGGAAGGUUGGAGAAUGGCGUUUUGACAAGAGAUCUUAUCUUAUGGGUCCUCCACCUAAAAACAUCUCCUUACCGCCUCCAGGAGUUCCUGAAAGUGUGGUGCGGCUUGUAAAAAUGGUCAAUGAGGCAACUGCAAACAUACCUGAAUGGGACUCAUUAAAUAGAAGUUGAGGGAAAGAUAAUAAACCAUGACACCUUACGCCCCUGAUGCCAGUGACUUUAAGAUGAGGUCUACAAAUACAUGUCAAAAUAGAUUACUUUAAGCAAAUAGGAAUUGUGAUGAAUACAGUGAUGUUUUGUGCUUGCUUCUGAAAAUAGAAUUUGUUUUUUUUUAAUAGCCAGUUAAUUCUUUUGCAUUCAAAAGUGUACAAGACAUUUCUACAAUCUAUUACAUUUAUUUUUACCAACUGAUUGUUAGUGCAAGCAAUGGAAUUACAUCCUGUCCAUUUUGUUU